AUGGCGUCGGUAUUGGAAAUACCCGUUGCGUUCGCAUCAUGUUCGAUUGGCUUGCCCAAGCAUACACUGCACGAGAAAAUUGAGGCGAUAGCUCAGUCUGGAUUUAAAGGCGUUGAGAUUUCGUUUCCAGAUAUACAGUCCUUUGGGCAUCGCCACCUUGGCUUCGAGAUUAACGAGCAUGACUACACUUCGCUCUGCAAAGCGGCCACCGCAAUCGGAGAACUCUGUCGGCGUCAUGAUAUAAAAGUACUGGUACUACAGCCCUUUUCCAACUUCGAAGGCUGGCCGAAGGGAAGCCAGGAGCGGAGGGACGCAUUUGCCCGUGCGCGAGGAUGGAUCGAUAUCAUGACUGCACUGGGAACAGACAUGCUACAGGUUGGGUCGACGGACUCACCAAACAUCACUUCAGAUGUCGACCAACUUGCUGGAGAUCUGGCUGAGCUGGCCGACCUUCUUGCGGAGCGAGGCUAUAGGCUGGCUUACGAGAACUGGUGCUGGGCCACGCACGCGACAACCUGGAAGGACGUAUGGGAUAUUGUGCAGCGUGCUAACCGUGACAAUAUCGGAUUGUGCCUCGAUACGUUUCAGACGGCGGGCGGCGAAUGGGGUGAUCCGACAACAUCCUCGGGCAAGCUGGAAAACGGGCUCACCGAAGCGGAACUGGACGAGACUUUUAGGAAGAGCCUCCAAGAACUCUCCAAUACGGUGCCAGCGGAUAGGAUAUACUUCCUCCAGAUCAGCGAUGCGUAUCGCAUGGCCAAGCCUCUAAGCCGGGAGCCGGACGAGUCAGGACUGCGGCCUCGCGGUCGAUGGAGUCACGAUUAUCGGCCGUUACCUUUCGACGGUGGCUAUCUCCCAAUCGAGGAUUUUGUGAAGGCGGUACUUGCUACUGGCUUCCGGGGCUGGUUUAGUAUCGAGGUUUUUGACGGCCAAUUUGAAAAGAAGUACGGGGACAACCUUUUCAAGUUCGCCGAGAAAGCUAUGGAAGGACACCGAAGACUGAUAAGCAAUUGA